GACAUAUAUUCUCAGUGUCGUGCGUAUAUUAAUUACAGGCUCAUCACAUCUUUUCUCUCAGUGCACUCAAGAAACGACCGUCGGGGGACUAAGGAUUAACCUGUAUUUAUUACCUGAAAAUCCCAACACAGAAACGCUCUCAACAGACACUCUAAAGCCUCUCAACAAACACCUCUACAGCCUCUCCUUACCUCUACAGCCAGUCAACAAAUACCUCCACAGCCUCUAAUUACCUCUACGGCUAGUUAACCAAAACCUCUACAGGCUCUCAACAUCUCUACAGGCUGCUCAUCACCUCUAGACAUGAAAUGGGUCUGGUUGGUAACAUUGGUCGUGGUGACGGAGGCGACGACAGAUGACCAGUCCACCCCUGGCAUUGAUCAACUCAACGAGAUUCUUAACAAUACCACGACAACACUGUGCCAGUACAUCAAGUGCCAGGAGCCCGUGAAGGCCGCUGACUGCCCGAUAGGAACCUUCUACCAGCAACGGGUGGCACAGUUUGGGUGUUGUGGCGCUUGUGUCAGGUUUAAGCAAAAAAAUGACACUGAAUGUACUGGCAGUAUUGACCCAAAAUUCGGCGGUGGGUACAGCUCCAUGACCCCUGACCUGCUUGACCCCGAGGCCUCCAGUGACCCGGUCAAUAACACCCUUGUCUCCUCCUGGUGUGACUUCUUCUUGAAUUGCACUGAGGAGGGGGUAUGCCAGCCAGACAAUUCAGACCAUGGUUGUCGCUACGUUCAAGACCAGUAUGACUCAGACCUGGACGAGUUCCCCUUUUACAAAGUUGACUUCCGCUGGCGACCUUCCUGUACUCCUGAAGGACUAUACACAGAGAAGCAGUGCAAGGGACCCUACAGCAAUAAGAGGUGUGUGUGUGUGGACGCCUACGGAACCAGUAUAUAUGGUAAAGCCUUUUCCUGGCAGAGGGACUUGUAUGACAACAUGAACUGCAUGUGUUCCAGGAGAGUGUGGGAGUUACAGCAGGAAGGAGUGACGUCGGUAACUCUACACUGUCAAGAGAACGGUAACUACGAGCCCUUGCAGUGUGAGGACGACUGGUGUUACUGUAUGGACCCCGACACUGCCCUACCUUAUGGCUCUUCCUUCCCUGAUGCUAUGAAGGAACAUCUGCCUUGUUACAACAAGACGGUCACGGGGGAACAGUAUCUGAGGCGGUGUGAGAGUCAGUACCACGCAGAGCACCUCCUGGCCACACACAUACAGAGAAAAGGCGUCUACCCACCCUCCACUCUCCUUAACUGUGAUGAUGACGGGUCCUUUGGCGGGUUACAGCAUGACUUGGAUGGCCUGGCUCGCUGCUACGAUCAAUACGACGAGAUGAUUGCCCAACCUGCCGUACGAGACUGUAACUGUGCGAGGGACAAGAUCCUGUUCACCGAGGCACACUUAUUUACAACACUGAAAUGCGCCACCCCAGACCAGGCAGUCGCUGGGCAGUACUACGAGAUCCAGGUCUUUGGCGGCACUGCCUAUUGUGUUGACCCUGAUGGUGUGAGAGCUGGACCAAUGGUUUACAGCCAAUACAGAGACAAGUUGAACUGUACCGCAGGGAUGAGCUGCCAGAAUGGGAACCGCAGCGACUGUAACAAGACCUGUCAUGAGUGUAGUGAUGAUAUGUACGUUGGUUACACCCCAACUUUGCCUCAGAGUGCCUGAACGACCUUACUAACGAGAGGAGGCACUUGAAGGAUGGCACUGUAGCUAAUCCUCCAACACGUCACACACACACGAACCUAACCAAACCAAACCUUACCUUACCUUACCUUACCUUACCUUACCUUACUAUCCUCACUACUGUACUAUACAAUAUUAUCUACUAUAUAUAUUGUUUUAUAUUAGGUAUUUCUCGUGUAAUUUUGUAGUACAGUAAACAACUAAAGUAUGAUUAUUAAAAGUUAUGUAUGUUUGUAUAUAAAACAUUAAAAUUAA